GAGGACAAGAAGACUAAGUCGGGCCGCUCUCUGAACGAAGAGAGAGAGAGGGAUGAGUGCGGAGGAGAUAAGAAGAAAGGCAUGUUCUUUUCGUGGUCACGGAACCGGAGCUUCGGGAAAGGCCCCAAGAAACGGGAUCUGGCAGACAUCAACUACAACUUCUCGGGCAGUAACGGGCGUCGGGAAUCACAAGGCUCUCUGUCAUCCGGAGCCAGUCUGGAACUGGGAACGUCCGGAUCUGGAAAGAACGAGGGUGGUUCUAUGGAGAGAGACAGAGAGCGAGGCGGUGACUCUGUAACCCUGAGACAGUGUAACAUCAACCUACCAGAUGGGACAUGUUCCUCUGUGCCGGUCAGAGCUGGGUUCUCCAUCAGAGAGCUGCUGGUGGGUCUCUGUGAGAAACUCUGUAUCAACGUGGCAGCUGUAGACCUCUUCCUAGUCGGAGGGGAGAAGCCUCUGGUUCUGGAUCAGGACUGUAUGACUCUGUGCUCUCGGGAUCUCAGACUGGAGAAACGGACUCUGUUCAGACUGGACUUGGUUCCUAUAAACAGGUCAGUGGGUCUGAAGGCUAAGCCCACUAAGCCGGUGACGGAGGUUCUGAGACCUGUCGUGGCCAAGUACGGCCUCCAGCUGAACGACCUGGUGGCCCGCAUCAGUGGGGAGAAGGAGCCUCUUGACCUGGGUCUCCCCAUCUCUAACCUGGAUGGACUGAGAGUGGUGCUGGAUGUAGCUGACAAGACACCUGGGAAGGACAAACCGAUAGGGGCUCAGUCUAAAACCCAGGCCCCGCCCCCUACGACUAGGAACCAAUCAGCUACGGGGGAUGAGAGGGCGUCAGGGAAGCCCAGCGCGGUGCUCGGCAACGGAAACAAGCCCUCCUCCUCUGCCCGUGACGACCGCCUCUUACCCAGCAGCCACCGCAAGACAGCGGCGCCAAAUAAAGCCCCGCCCACUGAAAAGAGAAAGCAGAAAAAGAUUACUGUAGACGAAGCUGAAGAGCUCUUCCAGCUCAUAUCCAAAGCUCAGUGCAGCAGAGCAGGCGACCAGCGAGGUCUGUUAGACAAGAGUGACCUGGCGCUUCCCGACUUCCUCCGCCUCAGCCCUUCAUCACCACCUCUUCCUCCCUCCCUAUAG